AUGGCAAGCGCGGGCGACCUCUUCGUCAACGGGCGCAUCUUCCUCCACAAUGGCGACGUCGGCCUGGACACCCAGCCCUCCUUCGCGGAGAGCAUGUUCGUCGCGGACGGCGUGAUCGAGGACAUCGGCGCCGCGGCGGACCUCACAUCCAAACACGCCCCUUCAAAUCCCACAACUCACGACCUCAAGGGCCGGACGCUCCUGCCGGGCUUCAUCGACGGACACAUGCACCUGCUCCUCCUCGGCCAGGGCCUGCGCAAGCUGUCGCUGGAGGACUGCAACUCCCUCGAAGAGAUCCGUGGGGCUAUCAAGGCCUUCGCGGCGGCGAACCCAGAGCUCCCGAGGAUCAUGUGCAAGUUGUGGACGCAGCAUGUCACGCCGGGCGGGGUGGACCGGAGUAUGCUGGAUGAUAUCGACCCAAGGCCUAUCUUCAUCGAUACCAAGGAUCUGCAUUCUACGUGGUGCAAUACGGCGGCGGUGAAGGAGCUGGGGAUCGAGAGUAUGAAGGAUCCCGUCGGUGGAAAGAUUCAUCGCGACGCAGAGGGGAAGGCGACGGGGUUACUGAGCGAGGCUGCCGUCUUGACGCUUAUCUGGCCUCAUCUGGCCCAGGUCGCACCAAAGCGGGAUAGAAUCGAAGCAAUCAAGGCGGCGGUAGAGUCGUACAAUGCCUCGGGUUACACAGGACUCAUCGAGAUGGCGAUGGACGAGCCGGCGUGGGAUGCGGUAUGUACGCUCCGCGCAGAGGAGCCCGACUUGCCGAUGAGGAUUCACGCGUACUGGCUCAUCAAGCCAUCCGAGACCGAGGAGGAAAGAUUCAAGCAGGUGGACAGGGCGAUCGAACUUCACAACGAACUCAACAAGACCACCUCGCCGGACUUGCGCAUCGUCGGUAUCAAAGUCAUCACGGACGGCAUCAUCGACGCGUGCACAGCCUACCUAUCCGAGCCCUACGCCACAGCCGGCGCGCCUCCUCCCUUCUGGAACGCAGAGGACCUCGGCCCCGUCGUGAAGAAGGCGGACUCGGCCGGCCUGCAGAUCGCGCUGCACGCGAUUGGCGACGCAGCAAUCAAGAUGGCGGUCGACGCGCUCGCGACGCACGCGACGCCGGGCCGCCGCCACCGCCUCGAGCACAUCGAGAUGUCGUCCCCCGAAGACGCGCGACGGCUGGGCGAGCUUGGGCUCACUGCCUCGGUCCAGCCAGUCCACGCGGACCCCGCGAUCCUCAAGGCGUGGCCUCGGCUCAUAGGCACCCACCGGUGCGAGAGGGCGUUCGCGUACCGCGAGUUCGCGGACCACGGGGCCCUGCUCGCACUCGGAUCCGACGGUCCCACGGCGCCCUGGGCGCCGCUGCAGAACGCCUACGUCGCGACGACGAGGAGGUCGGCCAGGGACCCGGGCUACGACGUGGUCGUGAACGAGCAUUUCAAAUUGGGCGUGUGUGAGGCCAUCACGGCUGGCGCAUUCGGCACGGCCAAGAGCGUUUUUGCAGAAGAUCGGAUCGGGAGUCUGCAGGUCGGCAAGCUGGCUGACUUUGUGGUUGCAGAUAUGGAGUGGUCGCCUCAGGGUUUGUUGAAGGGCGAGAUCAAGGCCACCUGGUUCGCGGGCAGGAGGGUUUGGGCGUCUUCAGACUACGCAUGA